AUGUCCGACGACGAAAGCGAGCCUUCCUUUCUGGAGGACGGCAGAGUAAAGUUUGUCGAGGAAAAAGUUUGUCACUUUCAGAGACUGCAGCGCCAGACAUGGGAGAAGAGUGCAGUCAAGCAAGAGACUCAGACACUUCUGAAAGACUUCUUUGAAAAGCAAAGUAUCAUAUUUUUCUCCCCAACAGCCAGCGGUUCUCUAAUUGCUUCAAACGAGGGCUCACCUGAGACUCAAAACAAGGAAGUCUAUAUUCUAAAGAAGAGACUUGUCCCCCUCAACUCCGAAAACUGCAGGGAACUUCUGCUUUUUGGCCUCAUGUCUCCAUCACCACUGCCACAGGUGUCACACACAGUUGAACAGGUAUGCUUUCCACUGCUGUCAAACAAGAAAAACCAUCAGAUGUGGCCGAUUGUAAUGUCUGAGGACAUUAUUCGACAUGUUGAAAACAUGUGGAGCAAGACAUCAGUUGUCCGGGGCCAGAUUUUAGGGAAAACUGUCCUUCCUAUUCCACCAGCAACAGCUUGGAUGGAGAAUUCUUGUGGUACCAUCAAAAUAUAUGAUAGCUAUGACAGGACAGUUGCCCACGCCAUUGAGUCCCAGGUUAUUAGCUGGACCAACCUGAUUCAAAAGGUUUUAAAGGAGGAUUCAGGAGAGCUGCUCAUGAAGGGCUUUAAUCCGGGGCCCGCUGCAGAGUUCAACUUCUGGGCCUCCAGGAAGAGCAACAUACAGAGCAUUUAUCAGCAGCUUCAGAGUCCCGUUGUCGAGAAGAUGGUGAACGUUUUGGAGAUAAUGGACAGCAGUUACCAUCCAACAAUCGCAACUCUGAUUGGGAAUGUAUUGGAUGCUCUACAAGAGGCCAAGGACAUCGACCUCUAUCUACAGCCACUGCAUGCACAACUGUCUCACCUGGAAAAGAAAGGAUUUCCCUGUGCUGAGCCAUUCAUCCCUGCACUCUUCCACAUGCUCUCUCUUAUCUGGACCCACUGCUCAUCUUAUCAAAAGCCAGCACGUAUUGUUGUGCUCCUCCAGGAACUUUGCAAUCUGCUCAUUGAACAGGCUUCUGAUUACCUCAUAGCAGAUCUUUUACUCAGAGAGGAUGCAGAGGAAGGUCUACAAAGGAUAAAAAGGGUGGUCAGAGUCUUCAAAUGUUUCAGGGAGAGUUACCACACCCAGAGGGAGAAGUUGGCCAGCAAAGUGAAACAUGCACCCUGGGAUUUCCCAUCUGCUAUGGUUUUCACACGUUUCAACCAGUUCCUUAAUCGUAUGCUACAGCUGGAGGACUUGUUUGAAAUUAUGCUUGACUUUGAGCGGCUGGAGAAACUGGAAUUUGGUGGACCCAAAGGCAAAAUCUAUAGUGAGCAGGUUGCUGAGAUGUACAGGGAGUUCAGUGAUCACUGCCGCGUGUUAAAGCACAGUGAAAGCAACCUACUUGACUGCAACUCACAGGACUUUGAAAAAGAGUAUAAGGAUUUCAAAGUGAAGAUUGCAGACAUUGAAUGCCGCCUCUCCACCGUUCUUUGCUUGGCCUUCAAGGAUUGCUCUGGAUUGGAAUCAGCAUUCAAACUCUUGGCUAUUUUUGAACCUUUCCUGGAGAGAAGACAAAUCAGGCAGAUAUUCAAUCCCAACUUCCUUGUCCUGCAGCAACAUUUUCAAGAAGAGCUGGAGAAAUGCAAAUCUCUGUAUAAAUCUCAGCUCAUUCAGAUGGAGAGUGGCCUGACUAAGAACAUGGCUCACACAUCUGGAGCUCUGAAGUGGGCAAAAAUGCUCAGGGAGCGCAUUCAAACCCCAUGGGAUAAAUUCAGGUUUCUGUUUGGCAUGCCUAUGGAGGCUGCAGAGAUGGUCCAAGAGUACAACAUGUGCAUGAAGAUGUUGACUCUACUGAAUCACUAUGAGGAGGACAUUUACUCUGAGUGGCGUAACGGGCUGGAGCAGGUCUGCUGGUUCAACCUGAACCAGCCACUCAUCUCAAGAAAUAUUUCAUCUGGUCUAAUUUCAGUCAACUUCAAUUCAAAGCUGACUGAAGUCUUGAAAGAUGUGAAGUAUAUCCAAACUCUCAAUCAGAUCAGAAUCCCUGCAGCUGCAAUGGCUGUAUUUCAGAAGAAUGAUAUGUUCACCAAGUAUGUGAGCAGUCUGCAGUUGAUAGUUCAAUGGUACAACAAGCUGAAGCAGACUGUGUUAGAAGUGGAAUUCCCUCUCAUCAGAAGUGAGCUGGUGUCUGUAGAUCUGCAGCUGACAAGGGCAGAGACUGACCUGACAUGGCAGGACCCAGACUGCUGGAGCUUCAUCAGCAACACCAAAGACCUGGUCCACAACCUUAUGUGGCGAGUCCAGAGAACCAAGGACAACUGUGAAGCUAUUCAGUCACUGAUGAAGGGGUGGAGCAAACAGGUCAUGUUUUGCAGAAAGGACAACAAGAAAGGCUCACUUAUAUCGCUGGAUGACAAGAGAGACUGUGUCAACACGAAAUACAGCUCCAUACAAGUAGAUGGAGACUUGAUACACAAGCUGGUACAGGAGAACAUGAUCCUUUUCCACGCUGAGCCUGAUUCAGAAGCAUGGCAGUCCUACCUGGAGUACGUGGAUGAGAUGGUGGUGGAGGGGCUCUUCGGUUUUAUCAGCCGCUCUCUGGAGUUCUUUGUGGAGAACAUGGAGCCAGGGUCAUGCCGGGCUCCUCUGUUUGAGACUCACCUGCUGCUCAAUGACUCAGUUAUGACCUUCCUUCCCUCACUGGAGCGAGAUGCAGGGGACGGCCUCUAUGAGCUGAUAGAGGGACUGGUAGGAGACAUCUUCAAGACAUCGGUGCAUGUUACCAGGGUAGCUGCUCAUCUGAACAUGGAGAGCUUUCAGGAUAUGAUGGAUGACAUGCUGGAUUUGCUGGACCUCAGACAGGACAUAAUGGAGCGAGUGGACAACGUCCUCAAGAAAGCGCUAAAUUACCAGAGAAUGUUUGACUGUUACACCCAUCUAUGGCUAGACGACAGGGCUGAGUUUCUCAGUCAGUUUCUCCUAUAUGGACGGGUACUAACAAGUGAAGAGAUGGAGAUGUAUGGAGGAGAUGUGCUCCCUGAGAGCCCCCCUACAAUUGAUAACUUCAAAGAGCAGAUUGAUAAUUAUGAGGGCCUGUAUACAGAAGUUUCUAAGCUUGAAGACUUCAGAGUAUUUGAUGGAUGGUUCCGUGUGGACAUCAAGCACUUCAAAGUCAGUCUUCUUAACACUAUAAAAAAGUGGAGUUGGCUGUUCAAGGAGCAUCUCAUGACUUAUGUGACGAACAGUCUUGAUGGUUUGGAGGAGUUUGUCCGAGCCACAUUUGAAGGGCUUGGCCAGCCUGUGUCUAAAGGAGAUCACCAAGGCUUGGUGGAAGUUAUGAGUCACCUGCUGGCAGUAAGAGACAGGCAAGUGGCCACAGACAGCAUGUUUGAACCUCUCAAGGACACAGUUGUCCUGCUGGAACGAUAUGGAGAGACAAUACCAGACCGGGUCUACUCUCAGCUGGAGGAACUCCCUGAAAAAUGGAUGGAGGCUAAGAAACUGGUCUUAUCGGUGAGGCAUGAGGUGGCACCUAUGCAAAAUGAGGAAGUGAUGGUUUUGCGAAGACAGUGCAUGGCGUUUGAGGUGAAACAAAGUAAUUUCAGGGAGGUGUUCAGAACAGAGGCACCCUUCAUUUACACAGCAGUGCAUCCGUACAUCAGUCUGGAGAAAUCUGAAAGAACAAUCAGAGCUUUGGAGAAAGAGGUUGAAGAACUGCAGGAGUCCACAAAUUUGUUUGAUGUUACUAUACCUGACUACCGGGAGAUCAAACUCUGCAGACGAGAAAUCACUGUCCUUAAAGAACUCUGGGACAUUGUUGUAUAUGUGCAGAGCAGUGUGGAAAACUGGACAAUGACCAAAUGGAGGCAGAUAAACGUGGACCAGAUGGAUGCAGCAUUGAGGAGGUUUGCCAAGGACAUACGGAAGCUUGACAAAGAGGCCCGCAUGUGGGAUGUGUAUUCUGGGUUAGACCGUUAUGUGAAGAACCUGUUGACGUCACUGCGGGCUGUGAGUCAGCUACAGAACCUGGCAAUACGAGAGCGACACUGGGUGCAGCUAAUCAGAAUAACCAAGAUGGACUUCACUAUGACUGAUAGUACUACCUUAGGUGACCUCCUGGCUCUGCAGCUCCACUUGUUUGAAGAGGAAGUUCGCAACAUAGUGGAUAAGGCAGUCAAAGAAAUGGCCAUAGAGAAGGUUAUAACAGGAAUAAGUCAGACAUGGGCAUCAGUGGAGCUUUCAUAUGAAGAUCAUCACCGGACUUCUGUGCCUCUGCUUAAAUGUGAUGAGGAACUCAUCGAAACUCUUGAGGAUCAUCAGGUUCAGCUUCAGGGCAUCUAUCAGAGUAAACAUGUAGACCACUUCCUGCUCCAGGUGUUAGAGCUACAGAAACAGCUGACUGUGGCUGACUCCGUGCUGAUGAUCUGGAUGGAGGUCCAGAGGACCUGGGCCUACUUGGAGAGCAUCUUCAUAGGCUGUGAUGACAUCUGCCACCAGCUGCCUGCAGAUACACACAGAUUCCAAGCUAUUGAUGCUAAAUUCAAGGAAUUAAUGUUGGACAGUGCUAAGACUAAAAAUGUCAUUGAGGCCACCAACAAACCUCAUUUGUAUCAGCAGCUAGAGGAUCUACAAAAGAGGCUGGCUCUGUGUGAAAAAGCUCUCGCUGAAUACCUGGAGACAAAGAGACUUGCCUUUCCACGUUUCUACUUUAUUUCAUCAGCAGACUUGCUGGACAUCCUCUCCAAAGGGAGUCGUCCCAGAGAGGUCACUUGUCACCUUUCAAAAUUAUUUGACAGCAUGUCAGCUCUAGAGUUUGUCAGUGAUGAGCAGGUGGAUACUUUCUCUAAAACUGCAGUGGGCAUGUACAGCAAAGAGAAAGAAUAUGUCCCAUUCCAGAGUGGUUGUUCCUGUACUGGGCCGGUGGAGGAGUGGCUGACCUGCCUGGAGAGCACUAUGCGGGAAUGCGUGAGGGGGUACCUGUCUGAGGCUCUGUCAGUGUACGAGGACAGGCCCAGGGAGCAGUGGGUUCUGGACUUCCCUGCCCAGGUGGCCCUCACUGGAUCCCAGAUCUGGUGGAGCAAUGACAUGGAUCUUGUGUUUCAAAGAGUGGAAGAAGGCUUUGAUUCUGCGCUAAAAGACUACAAUAAGAAACAGAUUGCUCAGCUGAACUCAUUGAUCAACAUGCUGCUGGGGGAGCUGAGCUCAGGAGACAGACAGAAGAUCAUGACCAUAUGCACAAUUGAUGUCCAUGCUAGAGAUGUUGUGGCCAACCUCAUUGCUCAGAAGGUCACCAGCUCACAGGCCUUCCAGUGGCUUUCUCAGCUGCGACAUCACUGGGAUGAGAAGCAGCACCACUGCUUUGUUAACAUCUGUGAUGCUCAUUUCCUUUACUUAUAUGAGUACCUUGGAAAUACACCACGUUUGGUCAUCACUCCACUCACAGAUCGGUGCUACAUCACUUUGACUCAGUCUCUCCACCUGACCAUGAGUGGAGCCCCAGCAGGUCCUGCAGGAACAGGGAAGACUGAGACUACAAAGGAUCUUGGCAGAGCAUUGGGUGUCAUGGUGUAUGUCUUCAACUGUUCAGAGCAGAUGGACUACAAGUCAAUUGGAAAUAUCUACAAGGGUCUGGCCCAGACUGGAGCUUGGGGUUGCUUUGAUGAGUUCAACCGCAUUUCUGUGGAUGUUCUGUCAGUAGUGGCAGUGCAGGUGAAAACCAUACAGGAUGCCAUUCGCAAUAAGAAAAAAAGGUUCCUCUUCUUAGACAAGGACAUUGCCUUGAAACCCUCAGUGGGGAUUUUCAUCACUAUGAACCCUGGCUAUGCCGGCAGGACAGAGCUACCUGAGAACCUUAAGGCUCUUUUCAGACCCUGUGCCAUGGUGGUCCCUGACAUUGAGCUCAUUUGUGAAAUCAUGCUGGUGGCAGAGGGCUUCCUCUAUGCUAAGAGCUUAGCCAGGAAGUUCAUCACCCUCUACACUCUCUGUAAAGAACUGCUCUCAAAGCAGGACCACUAUGACUGGGGUUUGCGUGCUGUCAAGUCUGUUUUGGUUGUGGCAGGAGCCCUGAGAAGAAGAGACAAGGCGAGACCAGAGGAUCAGGUGCUGAUGCGUGCUCUGAGGGACUUCAACACGCCUAAGAUUGUCACUGAGGAUGUGACUAUCUUCUUGGGCCUGCUAGGUGACCUGUUCCCAGGCCUGGAUGUUGAGAGGGAGAGAGACUCUGAAUUUGAAAAGGCCAUCAGAAAGAACACUCUGGAGCUUCAGCUUCAGCCUGAAGAAACAUUCAUCCUAAAGGUGGUGCAGUUGGAGGAGCUCAUGGCAGUGCGUCAUUCUGUCUUUGUUGUUGGAAAUGCUGGGACUGGGAAGAGCCAGAUAUUGAGAAUUCUUCAUAAAACCUAUGCAACCUUGAAGAGGAAGCCUGUUUGGAAUGACCUGAAUCCAAAGGCUGUUGACAUAGAUGAAUUGUUUGGCUUCAUCCAUCCUGCAACUCGCGAGUGGAAAGAUGGGUUGUUAUCAUCGCUGAUGCGGGAGCAGGCAAACAUCUCCCACUCAGGACCUAAGUGGAUUGUGUUGGAUGGAGACAUUGAUCCGAUGUGGAUUGAAUCACUCAACACAGUGAUGGAUGACAAUAAGGUCCUGACUCUGGCUAGUAAUGAGCGUGUGCCUCUCUCCUCAUCCAUGAGAUUGGUGUUUGAAAUCAGUCACCUGAGGACAGCUACUCCUGCUACUGUGUCAAGAGCGGGAAUUCUUUAUGUCAACCCCCAAGAUCUGGGCUGGAACCCGUAUGUUGCCAGCUGGAUUGACACACGAACAUGUCAGACAGAAAGAGCCCACCUUACCAUCCUGUUUGAAAAGUAUGUUCCAAGUUGCAUAGAGCAGAUGAGAAACACUUUCAAGACGAUCACUCCCAUCCCAGAGAACUCUAUGGUGCAGACUCUCUGUGCUUUGCUGGACUGCCUGCUAACACCAGACAAUAUCCCAUCUGAGUCUCCCCGUGAGCUAUACGAGACCUACUUCACUUUUGCAUGCAUCUGGGCUUUUGGUGGGGCCUUGUAUCAAGAUCAGCUUUACGAUUACAGAGUAAAGUUCAGCCAGUGGUGGACCAAGGAAAUGAAGGCAGUGAAGCUACCAGCACAGGGGACAGUGUUUGACUACUACCUGGACCCUCUGACCAAACGCUUCCUGCCCUGGAGCGACACUGUGCCGCCUUUUGAAGCAAAUUGCGAUACACCGUUACAUGCUGUUCUUGUACACACAGCAGAGACUGUGCGUCUCAGGUACUUCAUGGACUUGUUGCUAGAGAAGGGACAGGCAAUAAUGCUUGUGGGGAAUGCUGGAGUGGGAAAGACUGCGCUUGUCAGGCACAAGUUAGACUGUCUACCAGAAAGUUACAUGACUACGAAAGUACCCUUCAACUACUAUACCACCUCCCUCAUGCUACAAAUGGCUCUAGAGCAACCAUUAGAGAAGAGAGCAGGCAGGAACUAUUCCCCUUUAGGCAACAGAAGGCUGGUGUACUUCAUAGAUGACUUGAACAUGCCAGCUGUGGACAGUUAUGGAACAGUGCAGCCGCAUACACUCAUACGCCAACAUCUGGAUUAUAACCACUGGUACGACAGACAGAAAUUGUGCUUAAAGGAAAUACAUAACACUCAGUAUGUUGUGUGUAUGAAUCCAACUGCUGGGAGCUUCAACAUCAACCCUAGACUUCAGAGGCAUUUCUCAGUGUUUGCGGUGAACUUCCCCUCAGCGGAAGCCCAGACGUCCAUCUACGGUCAGAUACUGACUGGCCACCUGAAGCAGCAGCUUUUCAGUCCAGCUGUUCAGAGGAGUGCCCCUGUUGUGGUCCAGGCUGCCAUAGCUCUUCACCACAAGAUGGUUCACAACUUCCUGCCCACUGCUGUCAGAUUUCACUACAUAUUCAAUCUCCGAGACCUAUCUAACGUCUUCCAGGGUCUUCUCUUUGCUGGACCUGAGAGUGUGAAAGAGAGCAUUGACCUGGUGCUGCUGUGGCUCCACGAAUCCUGCAGAGUUUACUCAGAUAGACUGGUCAAUGUGAGGGACCUGCAGCUCUUCCACAAGCUGCAGAUGGAGACUGUGCAUGACUGCUUUGAGGGAGUGGAAGAGGAGCAGGUGACAAAGGAGCCCCUCCUCUACUGCCACUUCAUCCAGGGAGGCGAGGAAGGGUCCUAUACACCUGUCACAAACUGGUCUGUGCUCAGGACCAUCCUUACUGAUGCUCUGGAGAGUUACAAUGAGCUCAACGCAGCUAUGAACCUGGUGCUGUUUGAAGAUGCCAUGCAACAUGUCUGUAGAAUCAGUCGAAUCCUGGAGUCUCCACGAGGUCACGGCUUGCUGGUUGGCGUCGGGGGUAGUGGGAAGCAGAGUCUGACCCGUCUGGCUGCCUACAUCUCCUCUGUGGAGGUCUUCCAAAUCACGCUGAGUAAGGGUUACAGCGUUCAUGACCUGAAGGUGGAUCUGGCAGGCUUGUUCCUUAAGACUGGAGUGAAGAACCAACGCAUUGCUCUGCUGCUGACUGAUGCACAGAUACAUGAUGAACGGUUUCUGGUCAUUAUUAACGACUUACUAGCAUCAGGUGAAAUUGCUGAGCUCUUCAGCGAGGAGGAAAUUGAAGGUAUUGUGGCUGGUGUAAGGGCUGAUGUCCGAUCAUUGGGACUGCUGGACAACAGGGAGAACUGCUGGAGGUUCUUCAUUGACAGAGUCCAACUGCAGCUCAAGGUGAUGCUGUGUUUGUCUCCUGUGGGCAGUACCCUUCGUGUUAGAGCCAGUCGGUUUCCUGCCCUGGUCAAUUGCACCACCAUCAACUGGUUCCAUGCUUGGAGCUCAGAGGCCCUGCAGUCAGUCAGCCACAGGUUCAUCCAAGAGAUUGAAGGCAUUGAGCCUGCUGUCCAGGAAUCCAUCAGUCUUUUCAUGGCCUAUGUUCACACCAGUGUCAACCAGGCAAGUGAAAAAUACCAGCGCAAUGAGAAGAGGUACAAUUACACCACCCCCAAGAGCUUUCUCCAGCAAAUCACCCUGUACAGGAACCUUCUGGGGAAGAGUCGGGCUCAGCUCCAGCACAAGAUGAACCGGCUUGACAGCGGACUUCAGAAGCUCCAAACCACUGCCGCUCAGGUUGAGGAUCUUAAAGCCAAACUAGCCUUCCAAGAAACUGAGUUGACCCUUAAAAACCAGAAUAUUGAAGCUCUAAUUGCAAAGAUUGGACUACAGGCGGAGAGGGUCAGUCGCAAAAGAGAGACUGCGGAUGUGGAGGCACAAAAGGUUGCUCUCAUCCAGACAGAAGUUUCAGUGAAAAAGAAGGACUGUGAGGAAGACCUUGCCAAGGCAGAACCAUCACUGGCAGCUGCCACAGCAGCACUGGAUACGCUCAACAAGGUGAAUCUGACGGAGCUGAAGACCUUUCCCAACCCUCCAGCGGCAGUGAUCAAUGUGGCAGCAGCUGUGAUGGUCCUGCUUGCUCCCCGUGGCCGAGUGCCCAAGGAGCGGAGCUGGAAGGCGGCGCGGGCCUUCAUGGGCAAGGUGGAUGACUUCCUGCAGGCCUUGGUAUCGUAUGACAAGGAGCACAUCCCUGAGUCCUGUCUGAGUGUGGUGAAGCAGGAGUAUCUGAGAAAUCCAGAAUUUCACCCUGAUCUAGUCAGAACCAAGUCUACAGCUGCAGCAGGACUGUGUGCCUGGACCAUUAACAUCGUCAGAUAUUAUGAGGUAUAUUGUGAUGUCACUCCUAAGAGGCAAGCAUUAUCACAAGCUAAUGCAGAACUGGAAACAGCAACUGCCAAACUGCUGGCAGUUCAGAAGAAAUUGAUGGAUCUGGAUGCCAGCCUCAAGAAUCUUACAGCUCAGUUUGAAAGAGCUACAGCUGAGAAAAUCAGCUGUCAGGAGAAGGUGACCCGCACCAACCAGACCAUAGAGCUAGCCAACCGACUGGUCAAGGGCUUGGAGUCAGAGAAGGCACGCUGGUCUCAAGCAGUGGUUCAGUAUGAGGAGCAACAGAAAACCCUGUGUGGGGAUGUGCUCCUCACUUCAGCUUUUGUGUCGUACAUGGGUUACUUCCCCAGGCAAUACCGCAUGGAUCUCCUCAACAGUGUGUGGAUCCCUUUCCUUCAGUCUCAACAGGGCCCCAUACCCCUGACAGACGGCCUGGACCCUGUCCUCAUGCUUACAGAUGAUGCCACUGUGGCUGCCUGGCAUAACCAGGGCUUGCCAAAUGAUAGGAUGUCCACCGAGAACGCUGCCAUCCUGACCACCAGUGAGCGUUGGCCACUCAUCAUCGACCCACAGCAGCAGGGCAUCAAGUGGAUCCGAAACCGGUGGGGGUCAGAGCUAAGGGUGGUGCAGCUCGGGCAAAAAGGGUAUCUAGAUGUGAUUGAAAAAGCCCUAGCCUGUGGUGAGACAGUUCUGAUCGAGAAUAUGGAGGAGAAGGUUGGUCCAGUCCUGGAUCCUCUCUUGGGCAGAAACACUAUCAAAAGAGGAAGGUACAUUCGUCUUGGGGGUAAAGAGUGUGAAUACAACAGUAACUUCCAACUCAUUCUCCACACCAAGCUGGCCAAUCCCCAUUUCCCUCCUGAGCUCCAGGCCCAGACAACCCUCAUCAACUUCACAGUGACACCUGACGGCCUAGAGGAGCAACUUCUGGGACAUGUAGUGACCUGGGAGAGGCCUGACCUGGAAGCCCUAAAGCUGGAACUCACCACACAGCAGAACCACUUCAAGAUUGAGCUCAAGAGUUUGGAAGAUGAGCUGUUGAGUCGCCUUUCUGCAGCCCAUGGUAAUUUUCUGGGUGAUAUUUCCCUCGUGGAACAACUUGAGAGCACAAAGACCACAGCCGCUCACAUUCAUUACAAGGUGGUGGAGGCCAGGGAGAACGAGACAAAGAUCAACGAGGCUCGAGAACUAUACCGCCCCGCAGCUGAGAGAGCGUCACUCCUCUUCUUCAUCGUCAAUGACCUCAGCAAGAUUAACCCCAUGUACCAGUUUUCGCUCAAGACCUUUAACACAGUGUUUAAGAAAGCAAUGAAGCAAGCAGAGUGGGAUGAGGAUGUGAGGGCCAGAGUGCACACCCUAACUGAGGCCAUCACCUAUUCAGUAUUCCUGUACACCAGCCAGGGCCUGUUUGAGAGAGACAAGUUAACCUUCUUGUCACACACCGCCUUCCAGGUUUUGCUCAAACAGAACAAGAUUGAUGCUCAGGAAUUUGACUUCCUGCUGCGUUUCCCUGUGGAGCUGAGCAAAGUUAGCCCUUUGUCCUUCCUUUCUUCACAAGCCUGGGGAGCCAUUAAGACAAUUUCUGCAAUGGAUGAGUUCAGUGGGCUGGACAAAGACAUGGAGAGCUCGCCAAAGCGCUGGAGGAAGAUAAUUGAAUCUCAGUGUCCUGAACAGGAGAGGCUUCCCCAGGACUGGAAGAAUAAGAGCCCCCUCCAAAAGCUAAUCAUACUGAGAGCACUCCGCCCAGACAGGAUGACCUAUAUACUUAGGAAUUUUGUGCAGGAGAGCAUGGGGAAAAAAUAUGUGGAGGCCGCAGGGCUGGAAUUUGAGAAGUCUUUUGAGGAUAGUGGCCCAUCAACCCCUGUGUUCUUCAUCCUCUCACCUGGAGUGGACCCACUGAAACAUGUGGAGAAACAAGGAUUCAAGCUGGGAUUCUCCAUUGACCAGGGCACUGUACACAACGUGUCUCUGGGCCAGGGUCAAGAGGAGGUAGCUGAAAGGGUUUUGAGGAAUGCCUCUCAACUCGGACACUGGGUCAUUCUACAGAACAUACAUCUGGUGGCUCGCUGGCUGCCCUCCCUAGAUGCUCUUCUGGAGACAACCGGGGUGAACAGUCACCCGGACUACAGGGUCUUCAUCAGUGGGGAGCCACCAGCAAGCCCCGAUCAGCACGUUAUCCCUAGAGGCAUACUGGAGAAUGCUAUCAAAAUCACCAGCGAGCCGCCAACUGGCAUGAACGCCAGUCUGCAUGCAGCCCUCCACAACUUCAGUCAGGACACAUUGGAGAUGUGCUGCAGGGAACAGGAAUUCAACUCCAUGUUAUUCUCCCUCUGCUUCUUUCAUGCAUGUGUUACUGAGCGCCGUAAAUUUGGCCCCCAGGGCUGGAACCGUAACUACCCCUUCAACACUGGAGACCUCACCAUCUCAGCCAAUGUCUUGUCCAACUACUUGGAGGCCAACACCAAAGUGCCUUGGGAGGACUUGUGCUACCUUUUCGGGGAGAUCAUGUAUGGAGGUCACAUUACAGAUGACUGGGACAGGAGACUGUGCCAAACUUAUCUACAAGAGUACAUGCAUCCAAAAAUGUUUGAAGGGGAGCACUUCCUAUGUCUUGGGUUCCUGGCUCCUCCAUUCAUGGACUAUGGUGGUUAUCACAGUUAUAUUGACAACCACCUCCCGUCUGAGAGCCCCGUUCUCUACGGUCUGCAUCCAAAUGCCGAGUUGGAGUUCCUCACUGUCACCUCAGACAGCCUCUUCAGGACUCUGCUGGAACUGCAGCCCCGGGACUCCUCCAGGGGAGAGGGGCCAUCUCAGAGCACAGAGGAGAAGGUCAAGUCUGUCCUUGAUGAUUUCUUGGAGAAGCUUCCUGAAGAGUAUAACAUGGCAGAGAUAAUGGCAAAGUCAGCAGAGCGCAGUCCCUAUAUCUUAGUCUGCUUCCAGGAGUGUGAACGCAUGAAUGUUCUGCUAGCAGAAAUGAGAAAGUCGCUGGAAGAGUUGGACCUCAGCCUGAAGGGAGAGCUCACUAUCUCCUCCAGUAUGGAGAUCCUGCAGACAGCUCUGUUCAACAAUUCUGUUCCAGACUCCUGGGCCAGACUGGCUUAUCCCUCCACUAAAACACUCGCACAAUGGUUUAGUGAUCUAAUGUGUAGCUGUCGUGAGCUGGACAGCUGGACUCAGGAUCUUGUUCUACCAGCAGUUGUCUGGCUGUCAGGGCUCUUCAACCCUCAGUCCUUCCUCACUGCUGUGCUUCAAAGCAUCGCUCGCAAGAACCAGUGGCCACUUGAUAAGGUGACACUGACUGUGGAUGUUACCAAGAAGACUAAGGAGGACUUUGGUCAUCCGCCGCGGGAGGGCGCCUACAUCCAUGGACUCUUACUGGAAGGAGCACGCUGGGACACCCAGUGUGGAAUCAUUUCAGAGGCUGUUUUGAGGGAGCUGGCCCCACCCAUGCCAGUGCUUUAUGUCCGCGCUGUUCCUGUGGAGCAGCAGGAGCUCCGGAACACUUAUGAGUGUCCAGUGUACCGCACUAAGCUGCGUGGGUCCACCUAUGUUUGGACCCUGCACCUCAGAACCAAGCAGCCUCCUGCCAAGUGGAUUAUGGGUGGAGUGGCACUGCUGCUGUCUGUAUGA